UGCUGGCGGCGGGCGGAGAGCCGAGUGCGGUCCCACGGACCGGCCGGAGCGCGGGGCGGACGGAGCCGGUGCAUGGGCCCGGGCGCGCGGGGCUGCGCGGGCCGCCGAGCCCAGAAUCUCUCGGGGAGGCCCAAGCGCUGGAGGUCGCUGGCCGGCCGUCCCCCGCAUCGUCCCUGAGGGAGCGUGAGGGCUGUAAGAUGGCGGAUGAGGGUCUGGCCGGGCUGGACGAAGGAGCCCUGCGGAAGCUGCUCGAAGUCACCCUGGACCUGGCAGAACGGCGGCGGAUCCGCUCGGCCAUCCGCGAGCUCCAGCGGCAGGAGCUCGAGCGCGACGAGGGGGCCUUGGCGUCCAAGCGCUUCCGGGCGGAGCGGCUGGAGAACAAGGAGAACUGGCUGCACUCCCAGCAGCAGGAGGAGGAGCAGCGGGUGGCCCUGGCCCUGCUGUCCGGAAAGCUCGAGUCCAUCAGUGACGUGGAGGAGCUGACCACCCUGCUGCGGGCGGCCGGUGAAUACGAGGAGCGGAAGCUGAUCCGUGCUGCCAUCCGCCGCGUGCGUGCCCAGGAGAUCGAGGCGGCCACUUUGGCGGGGAGGCUGACGAGCGCCCACGAGGACGAGGGGCGGGCAGCCAGGAGGCGGGCACGCCAGGAGGCCAGGGAGCGAGAACAGCAGGCCGAGCAAGCGCAGACCCAGGCCCAGACUGGUCAGUGGCAGGCGGCAGCCCCCCGCCCGGAGCUGGACGACAUGGCCGCUGGGCCCCUCUUGCUGCUGGACGCCCCGGGCCCGACGCCGCCCAGCCCGCCCUCCGCCCCUUCUUCCUCGGAGCCGGCCCGGUGCCCCGCGGAGGUGGGUGGCGAGGAGGCCGGGGAGAGGCCCCCUAGAUCCUCUCCGGAGGAGGAGCCAGAUCCUGGGAGCCCCCCCAGGGCCGGCAGCCCCGAGGAGCCCCAACCUCUGCCGGCCCCGCCGAGCCCCGGGCCCUGCCCCGCCCAGCCUCGGGAGCACGUGUCGGUCCAGCUCCUGGGCAGCCACGGCCAGAGUGGCGAGGCGGGCCCGGACCGAAGGGAGCAGGCGGCAGAGACGGCGGCCGGGACCCCCGACAGGAAGAAGGCCGUGCCCUCUCUCCAGAAGCCCAGCCCCCGCUCCUGCCAACGCUCCCUGUCGCUGCUCACCCCCCGCAGGGCCCGGGCUCCAGACUCCCCGAAGGCCGGGCCCGCCGGCCCCUCCCCUUUGCAGAGGACCAGCUCCGUCCGCGACCGGGUGCGCAAGUUCACGUCGUCCGAGGCUCCCACCCCCCCGGGGGCCCAGACCCCCCAGCAGCAGCCGCGGCGGCUCGGCCCCGGGGACCGGACGGCUCUGGGACCCCUGCGGGCCGGGCUGGCGGGCGGUGGGAGCGGGGAGCCGGGCCCUUCCUCCUCCUCCGCCUCCCCGGUCCCGGGCAGGAUCGCCGGCAGCGGCGCCCGCAUCUCCUCCUGGCACGGAGAGCCCCUGAUUGUCCGAGUGGGGGCCGGGGAUCGCCCUAAAGAGGAGGGCCCGGGGGGGCGGAGCCCAGCCACGUCACAGGGGAGGCCCCUUCAAAACGGAGAGAGGGGCCCCCCGGCGGACUCAGAGGAGCCCGGCAGCGCCAGGCAGGCUCCGCACGCGCGCGUGGCCGGGGACGCCAGCAUGAAGACCACCUUCACCAUCGAGAUCAAGGAUGGCCGGGGCCAGCCCGUCAGCAGCCGGGUGCUGGGCCCCGUGGGCAGCCAGAGGGCAGAGCUGACGCUGGGGCUCCCGGGCACCCCCGUCCACUUUGGUGGCAACAGCACUGGCGGGGGCACCAUCAGCCACGUCAGCACCCCCAGGAUCAUCAGCCACGUCAGCACCCCCAGAACCGUCAGCCACGUGGACACCCCCAGGAUCAUCGGCCACGUGGGCACCCCCAGAACAAUCAGCCAUGUGGGCACCCCCGGGACCGCCAGCACCCCCAGGACCAUCAAUCACUUCGGCACCCCUGGGACCGUCGGCCACGUUGGUGCCCCCGGGACGGCCACGCGAGUGGGCAGCACCCCCCACGUCACCAGCGUGGGGCGCUUCGGCAAGAUGGAGGCAGAGGCGGCGGCGGAGCCCCCCGCGGGGGGGCAGCUGGAAGUGGACGUGGCCAAUGGUGGGGAGAAGGGCCGGCCGGCGAAGGAGCCCGGGCCCCAAGCUCAGGGCAAGGUGCGCCCGGAGGACUUGGCGGCCAUAGAAGACGAGGACGUCCUGGACAAGAUGGACCCCGAGGCCCUCUUCCAGGGGCUGGAGGAUGAGGAGGGGCCGGAGGCGCCCCCCGUGGCCCACCCCCCCACCUUCAGCAGCCGGCGGCUGUCUUCCGCGCCUCUGUCCCGCGGCAACAGCCUUGUGAGUGGGAGCGAGGCAGGGAGGAGGGAGGGGGACGGUGGGCUCCGGGGAGGGCAAGGGGUGGACAGCGAAGGCCGGACCCCGCCGUGGGGAGCCUCCUCGCAGGCCCUGGGCCUAGUCAGGGGGCCUCGGGGCCGGGGAGCAGCCGGAGCCCCCGUUCAGGAGGCGGCCAUUGGAGGACAGAUGGCCGAGCUGAGAGGGCUUUGGGGGGCAGGCGCCAGCUGGGAGGCCCCAGGCUGGGUGAGGAGGAGCACAAGGAGGGGGGCUUCCCUGGGACAGCGGCUCCGGGGCCUCUCACUGCAGGAGGCCGGGGCUGGGAGGGAGGCUGGCCCGAAGGGUCCAGGGGAGAGAGCCCCCCCAUCCCGUGCCCUGCCCCUGCAGCCGGGCCCUCUCUGGCAGGAUCCUGACGGCUGUCGCCAUCUGGUCCGUCCCUGCUUCCCUUUCCCCGGCACCCGGCAUCCUUCCUGGGCCGGGGCCGGGGCUGGGGCGGGGCCGGGGGCGGCCGGGGCCUCGGAGCUGGAGGAGCGGCUGACCCGGGCUCUCCAGCAGCUGCGUCUGGAGGUGGAAGCCUCCGGCUGGGGCUGCCCGACCCCGCGGCCCCCUGCAGACCAGCGGGACCGAGAAAGAGAGCGGCGGCUGCAGGAAGCCCGGGCCCGGCCCGGGGAGGGCCGGGGGGCCACCGCCUCCGAGACCACCACUCAGCAGAGCCAGAAGUCGGCCGACGGGUCGGCCGUGAGGACCGUCACCAAGACCGAGCGGCUCGUCCAGUCCAGCGAUGGCAGCCGGACCUCCCGGACCACCACGGUGGAGUCGAGCUUUGUGAAGCGCUCUGAGAACGGUGGCAGCAGAACCGUGGUCCAGACCAAGUCGUUCUCCUCUUCCUCCAAGAAGAUGGGCAGCAUCUUCGACCGGGAGGACGAGACCCCGUCGCGGGCCGGGAGCCUGGCGGCCCUGGAGCGGCGCCAGGCCGAGAAGAAGAAGGAGCUGAUGAAGGCCCAGAGCCUGCCCAAGACCUCGGCCUCUCAGGCCCGCAAGGCCAUGAUCGAGAAGCUGGAGAAGGAGGGCGGCGGCGGCGGCCCCGCCACCCCGCGGGGGGCCGUACAGCGCUCGUCCAGCUUCGGGGUCCCCAACGCCAACAGCAUCAAGCAAAUGUUACUAGACUGGUGCAGAGCCAAGACCCGCGGCUAUGAGCACGUCGACAUCCAGAACUUCUCGUCCAGCUGGAGCGACGGCAUGGCCUUCUGCGCGCUGGUGCACAACUUCUUCCCCGAGGCCUUCGACUACGGCCAGCUGAGCCCCCAGAACCGGCGCCACAACUUCGAGGUGGCCUUUUCGUCAGCAGAGACCCACGCUGACUGCCCCCAGUUGCUGGACACGGAGGACAUGGUGAGGAUGCGCGAGCCAGACUGGAAGGUGCUGGUGGACUGCGUGCCCCUGGUGGACGUGGAAGACAUGAUGAUCAUGGGCAAGAAGCCGGACCCCAAGUGCGUCUUCACCUACGUGCAGUCGCUCUACAACCACCUGAGACGCCACGAGCUUCGAUUGCGGCAGAAAGAGCUCUAGGGGUCACCGCCCCCCCCCCAGCCGAGGCGGCACUCCCCCCGCCCCUCCCCCCCAGUGUGUGCAUCCAGAAGAGCUCCCUCGCCACGUUUCCUGCCCCGGCCCCGGCACCCACGCCUGCCCCACCGCCCCAGCUCCCCCAGUUACUCACAGCGAUUCACGGAGUUUUUAUAAAUUAUUUGUUCUCAA